UUCAGCUUCAUACAGCCGCAUAAGCAGCAAACAGCGCUCUAAUACAAUCAGAUAUAUCUUCAAUUCCUUUUAGCUAUACAUUUCAUCCCCUGAGCACUCGACCCGUUUUCAAUUCAUUUUGACACGACAAUACUUCCCAUACCGUUAUCGCUUGCUUACACUGCGGGGCAAGAUGCCUCUCAUUAUGAACGUUGAAGACAUCAACGACCUCGAUGGUCUAGCGCCACGUGCCUGCGAAGUAUGCCACCGAAAGGACAAAAUCUUCCGCUGCUCAGCUUGCCAGGCCGUGUAUUAUUGUGGGCGAGACUGCCAGGUGGAAGACCGUGAAUGUCACAAGAUUCCAUGCAAGUUGCUCAAAAAGGCGCUUGAUCGCUACAAGCUAGAGGAGCAGAAGCUGCGUGAGUGGCCGGGAGAUCUCGACUCACCUGCAAACGCCUUUGAACAGGACGUUGGCCAUUUCUGGAGAAACAUGGCAACGCGUCCAUAUAUGGUUGCGCGGCUUGAUCUAGCGCACAUAAUGCUAAACAGCUACGGCACCCCUGGUGGCCCUGUGGAUCUUGUACAGAUCAUCCUAGACCAUUACUUCGACAUGCUGCGACUGAGCCGUUCAGACGAUCUGGGUGUGCGUGAGAUUAUCCCUGGGCUAUAUGUUCGACUGGGCAGAGACCAAGAUGCCUACGACUUCAUGACGUGGUUUGCUGCUGUUAAUGAGGACCCGGAUCACGAAUGGGGGAACGUGGAUAAACCUUUCUUGGAUACCAAAGAUGCGAACGUAUUCGAGGAACCACUGAAGCGAGCGUGGACGGUCACUUCGUUUUUGGAUUUGAGCCACGCUGUGGUAGUGCUGUUGAUCAAAGUGCGGGUCUUGCUCGACCUCUAUGCCAUCCAGAACACCUUUAUUGCCCUCACUGGCGUGAUACCGCCUGAAAUUAUUGCAAUUAUCUGCGGUAAACUAGUCCGCUCCGAUGUCAUGUUUCGACAUCAAAUUCUGUUGAGCACGCCGGAAAAGAUGGCGUCGCUGACGAAGAGAAUCAAGAGCCAAGUCAGAGAGUUAUACAAGGCUGUUGGAAAAUACAACCCGUACUUCUGGAACCUGAUGGUCAAUGAUCCGGAUGCAUGUGUUUUGCGGACACCACAAUAUAAUGGAUAUGCGCAGAGAUCGGAACAAGAAGCCUUGGUAAUACUCGCAUUCACCUUUGCUGCGUGGUAUGAGACACCGGGAGCAAUCAAGAUGCUUCGAGAUCUGGCGAAAAUGAGAUGAAGCUGUUAACAAGCGGGAAUGAAAGUAUAUAAGAAGAAAAAUGGGUUUAACAAAAGGCAGCGAGGAUUAACGACUCUGUUUUCGUGUUAAGACAUAUAUGUAUAUAUUAUACAAGGACAUAUUUUAGCUAUAGGCCCAACAGAAAUUGUACAGUUACC